CGACUACACAAACAAACCAUGCGAUCGUAUCGAGCAUCUUUAUAGUAAGAGACCCCCGGACGAGGCUGUUACUUGAUGCAUCGAAUGCUCCCUAAGCCGGCGGGAACUGGCUGGCGGAUUGGAAAUCCACCUCCGGAGUUAAGCCCUACAGCCGCACUAUGCUGGCCACGCCAGAACCUUAUUUUGCUGUACUUUGCAGGGGGAGUCGUCGGUUUAACCCCCGGAGUUACCGAUCCAUGGAGAUGGGUGGUGAUGGUCGAGCUGUCAGUCGCUAGCUCGUGGCGUGCUUGAGCUUUGACAUGAGGUGGUGAUGUCAGUGCCCAACCGCUGGCUGACUGAUGGCCAUCGUAUCCAUUCCAGCGGAAUCCGAUGUUUUGUCAUCAACCCUGCAAUCAAGGGUACGCCGAAACCCAAUUUUGCACGGUGGAAAAAGGAAGAUGAAUCACAAAUGGUGGCCAAGUGCAUGUCUAUUGGGACACGCUGUGUAUGCCCGGCCGGGUACUUCGUAUUCGCUGGUGAAGUGUCUGGGUCGAUGCGGUCCGAGUGAAGAAGUAAGUCAUAUUAUAGGGGUCUGGGGCGCUCGGUUGAUCUGGCGCUCGAGGUCUCAGAUCUCGGCCUCGUG